AGAGAAAAACAGGGGAAGACGUGCGCGUGCGCGGCCGCCGCUGGGAGCCACCAGGCGGCGGAGAGGACAGCGGCAGGAAGGGAGGGGCCCGAGCCACCGACUGCAGAAGGAGAAGGGGUUGUGCUCCUGGCCGAGGAAAGAGAAAGGGGCGGGGCCGGCGGGCAGCGUGCGGCGGUGCGGAGCUCUUGAGACCUACGGGCACACGGGGGUCUGUGGCCCCCGCCGUAGCAGUGGCUGCCGCCGUCGCUUGGUUCCCGUCGGUCUGCGGGAGGCGGGUUAUGGCGGCGGCGGUAGUGAGAGCUGUGAAUGAAUUCUCCGGGUGGACGAGGGAAGAAGAAAGGCUCCGGCCGCGCCAGCAACCCGGUGCCUCCCAGGCCUCCGCCCCCUUGCCUGGCCCCCGCCCCUCCCGCCGCCGGGCCGGCCCCUCCGCCCGAGUCGCCGCAUAAGCGAAACCUGUACUAUUUCUCCUACCCGCUGUUUGUAGGCUUCGCGCUGCUGCGUUUGGUCGCCUUCCACCUGGGGCUCCUCUUCGUGUGGCUCUGCCAGCGCUUCUCCCGCGCCCUCAUGGCAGCCAAGAGGAGCUCCGGGGCCGCGCCAGCACCGGCCUCGGCCUCGGCCCCGGCGCCGGUGCCGGGCGGCGAGGCCGAGCGCGUCCGAGUCUUCCACAAACAGGCCUUCGAGUACAUCUCCAUUGCCCUGCGCAUCGAUGAGGAUGAGAAAGCAGGACAGAAGGAGCAAGCUGUGGAAUGGUAUAAGAAAGGUAUUGAAGAACUGGAAAAAGGAAUAGCUGUUAUAGUUACAGGACAAGGUGAACAGUGUGAAAGAGCUAGACGCCUUCAAGCUAAAAUGAUGACUAAUUUGGUUAUGGCCAAGGACCGCUUACAACUUCUAGAGAAGAUGCAACCAGUUUUGCCAUUUUCCAAGUCACAAACGGACGUCUAUAAUGACAGUACUAACUUGGCAUGCCGCAAUGGACAUCUCCAGUCAGAAAGUGGAGCUGUUCCAAAAAGAAAAGACCCCUUAACACACACUAGUAAUUCACUGCCUCGUUCAAAAACAGUUAUGAAAACUGGAUCUGCAGGCCUUUCAGGCCACCAUAGAGCACCUAGUUACAGUGGUUUAUCCAUGGUUUCUGGAGUGAAACAGGGAUCUGGUCCUGCUCCUACCACUCAUAAGGGUACUCCGAAAACAAACAGGACAAAUAAACCUUCUACCCCUACAACUGCUACUCGUAAGAAAAAAGACUUGAAGAAUUUUAGGAAUGUGGACAGCAACCUUGCUAACCUUAUAAUGAAUGAAAUUGUGGACAAUGGAACAGCUGUUAAAUUUGAUGAUAUAGCUGGUCAAGACUUGGCAAAGCAAGCAUUGCAAGAAAUUGUUAUUCUUCCUUCUCUGAGGCCUGAGUUGUUCACAGGGCUUAGAGCUCCUGCCAGAGGACUGUUACUCUUUGGUCCACCUGGGAAUGGGAAGACAAUGCUGGCUAAAGCAGUAGCUGCAGAAUCAAAUGCAACCUUCUUUAAUAUAAGUGCUGCAAGUUUAACUUCAAAAUACGUGGGAGAAGGAGAGAAAUUGGUGAGGGCUCUUUUUGCUGUGGCUCGAGAACUUCAACCUUCUAUAAUUUUUAUAGAUGAAGUUGAUAGCCUUUUGUGUGAAAGAAGAGAAGGGGAGCACGAUGCUAGUAGACGCCUAAAAACUGAAUUUCUAAUAGAAUUUGAUGGUGUACAGUCUGCUGGAGAUGACAGAGUACUUGUAAUGGGUGCAACUAAUAGGCCACAAGAGCUUGACGAGGCUGUUCUCAGGCGUUUCAUCAAACGGGUAUAUGUGUCUUUACCAAAUGAGGAGACAAGACUACUUUUGCUUAAAAAUCUGUUAUGUAAACAAGGAAGUCCAUUGACCCAAAAAGAACUAGCACAACUUGCUAGAAUGACUGAUGGAUACUCAGGAAGUGACCUAACAGCUUUGGCUAAAGAUGCAGCACUGGGUCCUAUCCGAGAACUAAAACCAGAACAGGUGAAGAAUAUGUCUGCCAGUGAGAUGAGAAAUAUUCGAUUAUCUGACUUCACUGAAUCCUUGAAAAAAAUAAAACGCAGCGUCAGCCCUCAAACUUUAGAAGCAUACAUACGUUGGAACAAGGACUUUGGAGAUACCACUGUUUAAGGAAAUACCUUUGUAAACCUGCAGAACAUUUUACUUAACAAAAGAGGAAACACAAGAUCUUCAAUGAACAGUCAUCGGCUACAGAAACAGCCUAAGUUUACAGGACUUUUUAGAGUCUUACAUAUUUGUGCACCAAACUUGAAGAUGAACCAGAAAACAAAACAAACUUAAACAAAAUAUACAAUGCAAAUGGAAUUUUUUGUUGUUUAAGGCCUUGCCUUGAUGGUCACAGUUACCCCAAUGGACACUAAGUUAGAGCACAACAAAACCUGAUUCUGGUCUUCUUUACCAAUAUAAUCAUAAUGUAAAUAAUAAUUUGUAUAUUGUGUUUCAGAUGAAAGUAUUCCAGAGAUAGUGAAUGGUAGAAGACACAAGAACAUUUGGUUGUUUGUCUUCUGAUGUUUUUUCUUAAAAUAGUAAUUUCUCCUACUUUUCUUUUCUACUGUUGUCUUAACUACGGGUGAUUGGAAUGCCAAACACUCUUAUUUUCUUUUUUCGUUUUAUAAAUUCAGUGUGCCAAAUGAAACUUUUUUCCUAAGUAACUGUAAUAGGAAAAAGUUUAUUUUGAGAGUUUCUUCUUCAUAAAUCUACAGACAUUAAACAAUUGUUGUGUUCUUUUUACCUUUUAUUUUUCUAUUACCUUGCUACCAAACAGUUUAGAUAGCAAUAUAAUAGCAACAAAGCAAAUCUGGUAGAAUAGAGAAGGUUUGAGUUACUCUGUCAUAUAACAUGUAGAUCAGUCUUCAUGUGACCUGCAGUAUUUUUUUUUCUAAUGUAUUUGUCAGAGAUCUGUUGUAGACUGUUAACUUCUUCCUGAUGGAAUUUAUUUUCUGCAAGAAUUAUUCUGAUAUUUAAGAGAGCCAAUUUUAACUGCUGUGAAAAUGUUUCCAGUGCAAGAGAAGGGAAAUAACUAGGAACUAAGACAUUUCUAAUUUAUUGCUUAUUACUUUCUUAAUGUUUACAGGAUAAUUAUAAGCAAGUGGAACUACCAUCUUUUAUUCUUAAUAAUUAUUAAUCCCUUCAAUGAAACUUUAAAAAAACUGAAUUUUUAUACAUGGCAUACAUUUUUCUAGGUUCCUUCUGCUUGCUUUAUUAACUCAAAAGUUCUAGUCUGUUGAUCUGCCUUUUGUUCUCCCAAAAUGUACAGUAAUUCCAUUUGUUUGUAUAAAUAUGCCUGGAUUUUCAUUAUAAAAAUGUCAUUGUAGGGAGUAGAGACUCAUAUCAUGGCCUUUUAAAUAUUGUAAUAAAGGCAAAUAGAUAUUUGCCCUUAGUUUACUGGUUAAAA